CUACAUGGCACUCAAGCCAACACGGAACUGUACGAGGAAGCGGCAGACAAAAACAAGCGAUACCCGCGCUACUACGGGAUUAAAAACUACAAUUACUGAUGUUGUGGUUGGCUCACAAGAAAAAUGUCAACUAAGGAGGGUGGAGAAUGUAAAAAUGGUCAACCUGUGGCCAUGUCCCCUGAAAGAAUGGCCACUGACAAAAGCAGAGAGAACCAGAACCAGCGUGGCGUUGAGGCAACGGAAGGCACCGCAGACACCAGCACAAUAGCAAAAAACUUGGCUUUGCUAAAAGCGCACUCUCUGGACGUGAAGUUCGACGUCGGAGAGGAGUAUGAUGUUAUAGAAACCAUAGGCACAGGGGCCUAUGGCGUUGUUUCAUCUGCCAGGAGACGGGACAAUGGCCAACAGGUGGCGAUAAAGAAGAUCUCCAAUGCAUUUGAGGUGGUGACAAACGCCAAACGCACCUUGCGAGAGCUGAAGAUUCUCAAGCACUUCAAACAUGACAACAUUAUCGCCAUCAAAGACAUCCUGCAGCCUAACCUUCCUCACUCUGCCUUCAAGUCUGUGUAUGUGGUGCUGGACCUCAUGGAGAGUGACUUGCACCAGAUCAUACACUCCGCCCAGACACUCACCUCAGAGCACACCCGCUACUUUCUGUACCAGCUCCUCCGUGGCCUUAAGUACGUGCACUCUGCCAACGUCAUCCACCGUGACCUCAAACCCUCCAACCUGCUGGUGAACGAGAACUGUGAGUUAAAAAUUGGUGACUUCGGCAUGGCGAGGGGUCUAAGUUCACACCCUGAGGAAUCCCAUUCCUUCAUGACUGAAUAUGUGGCGACUCGAUGGUACCGUGCUCCUGAACUCCUGCUGUCUCUGAAUCACUAUAGUUUGGCCAUUGACUUGUGGUCUGUUGGCUGCAUCUUUGCCGAGAUGUUGGGCCGUAAGCAGCUUUUUCCUGGGAAGCACUACGUCCACCAGCUCCAGCUCAUUUUGUCUGUGUUAGGCACGCCUCCUGAGGGGUUGAUUGGUGCUAUUAGGGCUGACCGAGUACGCUCCUAUGUUCAGAGUCUUCCGUCACGGUCUGCUGUGCCUUUGGCUAAACUUUACCCACAAGCUGAACCAGAGGCUGUGGACCUGCUGGCGGCCAUGUUGCGCUUUGACCCUCGUGAGAGAAUCAGUGUGACGCAAGCGCUAGAGCAUCCUUACCUGGCCAAGUACCACGACGCAGACGAUGAGCCAAUUUGCGUGCCAGCUUUUGACUUUGAAUUUGACAAGCUUCCAAUGAACAAGGAACAAAUUAAAGAGGCGAUUCUGAUGGAGAUCCAGGACUUUCAUCAAAAUAAACAGACCUGCCGUCAAAGACUGCAGUUCAGGCCCUUGGCGAGGGCGAACGGUAGAGCUGCAGCACAAAGCAGUCACCAGUGUAAUGCUCAGCCCUCAACUGUUAACCUGAGUAAGUCAACACUGGUUCCAAUGGCACAACACCCACAAGCAGCACAAGUGAAAUCUCAGCAGCAACAAGACAACACACCAGCAGAAGUGAACCACACAUUUACAAAUCAGAUGCAAACCUUUAAUAAGCCUGCAUCCCUUUUAGAAGUUGUCCCGCCUCACGUGACCCAUAAUUUGUCUCUGCUCUCUAAAAGCGAAAGCGGACCAGUUGAUGUGGACAUGCCAAGUGCCAACUCGGACAGCGGUCAGCCAGAGACUAUAGAUUUAACGACACCAGUGUCUAGUCAGGACACUCAAUCAGAAACUAUGAGAGACAGUGAGAUACAAGAGCAGCUAACCAGCAGUCAGAAUCCUCUGACUCAGUCCACCGAGAGCCAGUCCAUGACCCAGGCUCCCACCUCCAUUCCUGCAACGCCAGCACAGACCAUGACACCCCUACCCACCACUGUGCCUUCCCUUUCUCUCUCUGUGGCACAGGCCCAGUCACUGUCUCAGUCCCUUUCACAGUCCCUGUCCAAGAAUGCCAGGCCUCCUCCAGGUGCAGCAGAAGGAACCAGGAAAGAAGGCGCUAUUUCAGAGGAUACUAAAGCGGCACUUAAAGCAGCUUUGUUGAAAUCAGCUCUCAGAAAUAAAGCCAGGGGUGAUGGAGGGACUUCCGCUCUGGGCAUUGAUGCUGGUGCAGGAGGAGGUGUACCAUCCUCGCUGUCUUCUGUUCCAGAGUCGCGUCGGCCUGUCACAGCACAGGAGCGUCAACGAGAAAGAGAGGAGAAACGAAGGAAGAGGCAGGAACGGGCAAGAGAGAAGGAGAGGAAAAUGAAGGAAAAGGAGAGAAGAGAGGGAAAGCAGGGGGACUUGCUGGGUGGGGUUCUGCUGAGUGACAACGACAAAAGCCUUUUGCAGCGUUGGACAAAGAUGAUGGACAGACGCAAUGAGAAAACUCAGAUUCCUAAUAACGAUGGAGCAAAUAAUAAGGACUGCAAUGUGAACUCACACCGGGGCGUAGCCAUCGGUGAGAACGCUCAAGGAGCACUGAACAAUAAAACAGAGAAGGAGGCAAGUAAGAUUCAGUCUCACGAACAGUUAAUCUCUCAAGUUAAACCUAACCAGCAGGGCAUUUUCCAGCCUCCCAGCACCCAGCAACCUCCGUUACUUUUCUCAAUGAGCCAGAGGAAGCCUCCAGCGGAUAUAGUUGUUGCUGUAAGUGGAGGGAUAGAUAUAAUGACUGUCACUGGUGGCUUUGUUAAGAACAACACGCUCAAACCUCACAGCGAGAGCAAUGGGCAAAGUGGUUUCAACUGUUUGGGCAACUGGAGCGGGCAGCAACUAGAGACGAGGCCACAGCAACAACCACAACCAAACAGGAAACUGCAACCUCCACCUUCGAGCUUUCUUCAGCCCCAGCUCCAACCUCAAACCCAGCCUGAUCCUCAGCCUCAGGCGCAGCUGCUUCCUCUUGAGAGUUUUUUGAAUAAAGCUCCGACUCUAACCACCAGAGAGACAAAUGGGAACGUGGAUAUCGGAGGUCAAAAUAACCUCAACUCCCACCCUAACCCUUCAACUGCAAGCGCUGGUCCGAUGGAGAAGCUGUGUCCCUCUGUAGGAGAGAAAUCCGGGCCACAGACCACAAAUCCUCUGUGCGGGGCUUUAGGGGUCCCCUCACAGCCUCAUCCCAGCUUAGGAUUCACAGAUACUGGACAGCAAGGGCCCUCCAUUGCCCCUGACAUCCAUACAGUGACACUGCAGCUCUCUAAGUCCCAGGUAGAGGACGUUUUACCUCCCGUGUUCUCAGUCACCCCUAAAGGCAGUGGUGCUGGGUAUGGCGUGGGCUUUGACCUGGAUGACCUUCUGAACCAGUCUCUCACAGACCUGCAACAUUGUGACCGGGACAGUUAUGACUCUGCCCCCCUCUCGGCCUCCCUCUUAUCUGAUUGGAGCGAGGUUCACCGGAUGACUCCAGCUGAUCUGGAAUCACUGCAGCAGGAGUUGCAGCUCGGCUCUCCCAUGAUCCUCUCUGAUACCAUUCCCCCUGAUGCCUGACUUACCCUUUCUGCAAUUUCAAAGACAAGACUUUGAUUUGUGUAAAAGUUGUUGUCUAGCAUGAAAACCUUGAGUGAAUACUUAAAAUUAAUUUAAAAGCUAGCUUUUUUUAAUAGGCAGUACUGAGCAGUCUUUUUUACCAUUAUGACAUGUUGCGUCUUCUUUAUAAUAAAGAAAACUGUGUCAUCACCA